AUGGCAACACUCAAGGCCUUGGGGCUCGAGGAGAUAGAAAGAGAAAUUCUGGUAAGGGACUUACCGCCCUCAAAACUCCAAAUUUAUGUGGCCUGUAUGGCAACGCUCAAGGCCUUGGGGUUCGAGAAGAGAGAAAUUCUGCUCCUUGGUCUUUAUGUGACCCAUCACUGUGUCCACGCUGAAUGCCUUACUGAGGCCUGUGCCCAGGAAUUGGUUCAAAGCAUUGAUGAGAAAUACCGCAUCAAUUCCGAUUUAGAAUUUGAACAUCCCAACGGUAAAGUGAGUGCUGAUAUAGUCCUACGCGAUGGCAUUUUGCCCUAUAAGGAAGCAUUGGAAAAAUUUGAUUGGCAAAAUUUUAAGAGUCCCCUAUUGAAACGUCAAUUUGAAAUAUUGCUCAGGGAAAUGAAAUAUCCCAAGACCGAUGCAGAAUUUCGUAGAAAUACUUCGUUGUUGAAAAAUGUUGGCAAGAAAAAGUUCACCUGCUCCCGCUUAAGUGCCAACACAUGCCAAAAGGUAUCCUAUAAUCGUGAUAUUAAAGCGCUUUUUACCAACAGCGAUGAUGAGGAGAAUCUCAAAUGGUAUUGGCGUGAAUGGCGCAGUCAUUUGCCCCCUGAAGUCCAAACGGCCUUGAGCUACUACGUCAGCUACUAUCAGUCGCUGGGAUCAGCAGCAAAUCAAUCUGCCUCUGCGAUAUGGUAUGAAGGCUAUGAUGAUGCGAAUAUGAUGGCAGAUUUGGAAAAUUAUAUGGCCGCCAUUGCGCCUCUCUACAAGGAAAUGCAUGGCCAUUUGAGACAGAUCCUUAGAAAUAAAUAUGGCAAUGCUAUCAUUCCCGAUUCGGGACUCAUACCACAACAUCUCAUUGAACAGUCCUAUUACCAGGCUUGGAAAAAGGACUCGGUUUUGGUGAAUCCCUAUCCCGAAAAGAAAUUGCCCAAUAUGCAACAGGAAUUAAGAGCAAACUGGACCUUCAAUGGACUACGUCAAACCGCUAGUCAUUUUUUUAAGCUCUUGGACUUUCCACCUUAUCCAAGCUACUUCCAGUACGAAGGUUUCAAACCCAUCACCAAUUCCGAAGACUCAGCUGAUUGUAAGGCCCGCAUCAAUUAUCAUGGCAAAGUGCGUAUGGCUUAUUGUGAGAAGGUCAACUAUAAGAGGCUGCUAACCACGCAUGGCGACAUCACUCGCUUGGGUUAUGCUCUGCAAAAAAAUAAGCUUCCAGUGGGUUUAAGCCGGGAGGCUUGUCCCGGUUUUGGCAACGCCAUGGCCGAGGCCGUGAUACUGACCGUUUCCACACCCAAGCAUUUGCAACAAAAUGUGCAUCUAUUGACCGAAUACAAUUACGAUGAUGAAAUGCAUUUAAAUUUCCUAUAUCGCAUGGCUGUGCACGCGCUCUUCUCAGUGCCCAUGUACUUUGUGCAUGAAAAAUUGUGGGUGGAUAUGAUCGAUAAUAAUGUUCGGCCCUGGAAUUACAAGUGCCAUUAUUGGAAUCUCAUGGAAAAGUACAUGGGUGUGGGACCUUCGGAUCACACCUAUAUCCCCACCUUUGAUAUGAACCCGAAAUUCUAUGAGGGUGUAUUGGAUGGCCGAAGCAGCACCAAGAAACUAUUUGGAGAAUUUUUGGGUUACCAAAUCUAUCGGGACUUGUGUUUGAAAACCGAUUUAUACCAGCCUGGAAAUGCCGACAAACCAUUAUUUAAAUGUAAUCUUCAUGGCCAAACAGAAGCUGGCGAUAUUUUAAUGAAAAUGAUGUCUGCUGGUGCCACAAAGCCAUGGCGUGAAAUCAUCAAAGAUUUAACUCCCAAUCAGGAAACAAAAUUGCAAGGCUCUGCUUUCAUGGACUACUACCAGCCUCUGCUGGACUGGCUGAAGCAGGAUAAUGCUGCCAAAAAUGUACAAAUUGGCUGGAAAUCCAUUGACAAUUGCAUUAACCCUACCGUGGUAUAGGGAAACUUCCCUGCUGCCAAGAGCUUCAAAAAAAAAUAAAAAUUUCAUGUAAAUGCUA